UGCUGGGAUUGAAAACUCGUCCCUAGGGUUGUCUGGAACGAAGAAGGUUUGGAAAAAAGUGCGAAGAAAGGUCGGCAGUUUUGCGACGUGUCGCAAGCUAGAAGCCCAUCCCACGUCACACAGCUAUCCUGGGGACAAGCAUGAGUUUUACGGAGAAACACGAGGAGAUCAGCAAACAGGAGUGGAUGGACCGGCUCAACAGUCUGCACAUCUCCCGCGCAGACAUGAACAGACUCAUCAUGAACUACCUAGUGACCGGUGAGUUUUCUUCAGGCAGUUCAGAAGGGUUUAAGGAGGCUGCUGAGAAGUUCCGUGUUGAAGCGGGAAUUCCGAUGAACAUGGACACGGAAUCCCUGGACGAGAGAAUAAAGAUCCGAGACGCCAUCCAGAAGGGAGAGAUCGAAGAGGCCAUGGCUCUGGUCAACAACCUCCACCCUGAACUGUUAGAUGACAACAGAUAUCUCUACUUUCACUUGCAGCAACAACAUCUGAUAGAGUUAAUCAGGAAGAAGGAUGUGGAGGGGGCUCUGCAGUACGCACAGACACACCUGGCAGAGAGAGGGGAGGAAAACGCAGAUGUUCUCAAUGAACUAGAAAAGACCCUCGCUCUCCUGGCGUUUGAGAACCCAGAGGAUUCGCCGUUUGGAGAGUUACUUCACCCGUCUCAAAGACAAAAGGUUGCUAGUGAGUUGAAUUCGGCUAUUUUAGAAGUUGAGAACAGGGAAUCAACCCCAAAGCUGGCCAACAUGCUCAAACUGCUGCUAUGGGCUCAACAUGAAUUGGACCAGAAAAAAGUCAAAUACCCACACAUGACAGACCUAGCCAAAGGAGAGAUAGAAGACCCAAAAUGACUGCUAUUCAAUAUGCUCGU